AUGGAGGAUGUGCAUAAGGCAAGAUUGAAACAAAUAAAACAUUUGCACAAGCUAACACUAGAAUGGGAUGCCAAUCGACCUAAGAAAGAUACCAUACAUGAAGAAAAUGUAUUGGAGAUUCUUAUACUACCUAGUGCUCUUAAAGACCUUUGCAUUAGAGGCCAUGGAGGUACUAAAUGCCCGCAAUGGCUAGGUGAGAACCUCUCUGUCAAAAAAUUGGAAUCGCUUCAUCUAGAUGGUGUAGCUUGGAAUAUAUUUCCACCUAUAGGAGAGUUCUCUCUAGUUAAUGAGCCGCGUGAAGAAAUUUCGAAUAAUAAUAUCUGCCAUGAUAAGUUUCAAAAUUUGAAGAGUCUGGAACUAGUUAUGCUACCAAGUUUAAGAAGCUGGAUUGUCAAGGCACCUUGUCAUCUGUUUGCUCAAUUGGAGGUGCUUGUCAUUAGGGAUUGCCGUGAACUAACGGAAUUGUCAUUUUCACAUUAUGCUUGCUGUCAGCAACAGAAAGAGGCAAAGAUAAAUUGGUUUCCUAGACUACGGGAGCUCAAAAUAAAAAAAUGUCCAAAAUUGUUGUCUUUUCCUCCUGUUCCUUGGACUAGGGCUCCGUGCUCAGCUGAGAUAGAAGGAGUUGGUUCAGGCCUUGAGGAACUUGUUUGUAAAGAGAAUUACAAAUCUGAAUAUCGCUUGAAAAUUAAGAUGAAGGGUGCUCUGGUUAGUGAGUUAUGGAAUAUGUUGGCCUUUGAUAAUCUAAAUGAAGUAAAAGACUUGAAGAUGGACACAUGCCCUCCUCUCCCACUGCAUCACAUCCAAAUGCUAUCAUCCCUAAAGAGCCUCAGGUUAUACGGAGCUUCAAGUAUUGUCUUUCCGUUGGUAGAAGGUGAGAGGCAUGCCGAAUAUCAAUCUCCAGUUGAACACAUAGCCAUUGAUGGGUGGGAUGCUAGUGCGAAAGAAUUGACACAGCUACUGACUUAUUUCCCCAAGCUCUCUGAACUGAACAUGCAGUCAUAUGUUGUCCAUAUCCCGCUGCCCAGAGCUGAGCCUCUGCUCAUGCUCCGUCCAGCCGACUACAGUACAACAAAGAAGCAGGACGAACUAGUACAGGAAGAGGGCUCCAAGGCGCGGUGGGCACGGGCGACGCCUUGCCCUCUCUCAAACCUCGCCUCUCUCACAAAUUUAACCAUAUGGGAAUGUGGGGAUUUAAGAGUCGAGGGACUGCGGCAUCUCCUCGCGCAAGAUCGUCUCACCAAAUUAGAGGUCAGCGAAACACCCAAUUUCUUCGCUGGUCCCGAGCCCCCGCUGCCCCAUGAACAAGAGUUCCCAUCCUCUUCCUCCAAACUGCAGGAGCUUGAGACAGAUGACGUCGCGGGCGUCCUUGCUGCGCCCAUCUGUACCUUGCUCUCUUCCUCGCUCACCGAUUUGAGAUUUUGGGGGGACGAAAAGGUGGAUCGCUUCACAAAGGUGCAAGAGGACGCCCUUCGGCUCCUCACAUCUCUCGAGGAGAUCACAUUUCAGGGGUGCGACAAGCUGCAGGGCCCUGCAGGGCUUCAAGGACUACGCAACCUCAAGAGAUUAAACAUAUACAAUUGUAUAGCCAUCCGGUUGCUGCCCAAGGAUGGCCUCCCAAUUUCACUGCAAAAGUUGGCGAUAGACGGAUGUCCAGCCAUCCGGUCUCUGCCCAAGGACUGCCUCCCAAGUUCACUACAAGAGUUGAAUAUAAGCGAUUGUCAAGCCAUCCAGUCUCUCCCCAAGGACUGCCUCCCAAGUUCACUACAAGAGUUGAAUAUAAGCGAUUGUCCAGCCAUCCAAUCUCUCCCCAAGGACUGCCUCCCAAGUUCACUGCAAAAAUUAGUGAUCAGAGGAUGCCCAGCCAUUCGAUCGCUGCCCAAGGCGAAUGACCUACCAAGUCCACUCCGAGAAUUGGAUGUCCGGUAUAGCAGAAACGAGGAGCUAAGAAGGCAGUGCCGCAAGUUGAUUGGAAUCAUUCCAGUUGUCUACGCCUGA